CCGUCCACAAGAGAUCACUCUUUCUCCUUAUAACGGCAAUAACUAAAUACAAACUAAUAAAUAAAUCAUUAAAACUAUUUUCUUUAAGACUUUAAAUACGAAAACUAAUCAAACAAAUAAUAAAUAUUCCGAGACGUCGCCGUACCGUAGCAAGAAAUAAAGAAAAAAAAAAAGAAAGAAAGAAGGCAGAGGCUUCUUUGUUUGUUUGUCUCAUAUAACAGAGAAAGUUCUGAUCGUGUUUCUCUUAUUGAUAACAAAUCUCUCGAUCUCUCCACUCUCUUCAUCAGAGAGACUCUCUCUCUUCACAACAAUUUGCUCACGAAUUUCAAGGUAAGCUUGUUUUUGUCUCUGUUUUUUAUAGUGUUGUGGAAUUUAGGCGGCAAAUUGUUGAGUCAAUAGUCAAUUGGACAGGGUUUGAAAAUGUUUUUGGGCAGCCAAUUGUUGCUUAUUUUGGUGAAUUCAUUUUCUGUCUGUAUUAAAUAGGGUUUAAGCUUCUAUGCAGAUGUCUAUUGAAUGUGUUGCCAGCUACAUUUGAUUAUGUUCAAUUAAGGUUCGUCUUUGUAGGAAUCAAAUGUAUGAGUGAAGUGAAACAGAAUGUUUCGUUGUGGUUGUUGUUUUUGAUUUUUGUAUUCUGAUAAAUUUGAGGGCUAAACAAAAAGGCAAAGAAAAGAUAAGAGAAUUGUAUUGGAUGGGUAAUAAGCUGGGAAGGAGGAGACAAGUGGUAGAUGAGAGGUUCACGAAACCACAGGGGUUAUAUGUUCAUAAAGACGUGGAUGCUAAGAAGCUUAGGAAGCUAAUUCUUGACUCUAAGCUUGCUCCUUGCUAUCCUGGGGAUGAUGAGUGUUGCUAUGAUCUCGAAGAGUGCCCUAUAUGCUUCUUGUAUUAUCCAAGUCUCAACCGGUCAAGAUGUUGCAUGAAAGGCAUUUGUACCGAGUGUUUUUUGCAGAUGAAGAAUCCUAAUUCUGGUCGGCCUACUCAAUGUCCUUUUUGCAAAACCUCAAAUUAUGCUGUGGAGUAUCGAGGUGUGAAAACAAAGGAGGAAAAAGGAAUUGAGCAAAUUGAAGAACAACGUGUUAUAGAAGCAAAAAUAAGGAUGCGGCAGCAGGAGCUACAGGAUGAGGAAGAAAGGAGGCAAAAAAGACAAUUGAGUUCAUCAAGCACAAGUGUAGCACCUGUAGAGAUUGAAUACAGCACAACAGCUGUUCCAUCAUCUAGAUCUGUGGAAGGUGAUGAAAUUGUAUCCUUCCAAGAUUCAUGUCCUACUCCUGUUAUUAGACAACCUUCACACCCAAGACAAAAUAGAGAUGAUGAAUUUGACCUGGAUUUGGAAGAUAUAAUGGUCAUGGAAGCAAUCUGGCUUUCCAUUCAGGAGAAUGGCAGACAAAAACACCCUGCUUAUGCUGCUCCAUCUGACGAGUAUGUUACAGAAAAUCACUAUGUCUCAUCAACUGUGGCUCCAAUUGCUGGUACAUCGUCAUCCCCUUCUGGUGGGCUUGCUUGUGCAAUAGCUGCUCUUGCUGAGCGUCAGCAAACAACCGGAGAAUUAUCUAUAAACCAUAGUGCAAAUCUUUCUCGAUUCAACGAGCUUCCGGGUAGUAGCAGGUUCUACCAUAGGGUGGACCAAGAUGCAGAGAACUAUCCUCCUGCUGAGAGCUCCAUCAACUCAUCACCUGAUGGCAGAGUGGGAGCAGCUAGAGAUGAAGGUGAAUGGGGUGUUGAUCGUGGAUCAGAACUGGCCGAAGCAGGUACCAGUUAUGCAAGCUCUGAUGUCUUAGAAGAUGGAAUUGGAAUUUCAGGAAUGCCCACAUCUGAUGAGAUUGAAAGCAACUUCCAAAAUUUCCCAGGAGCUAUAGUUCCUGAGAGUUUUGAGGAGCAGAUGAUGCUGGCCAUGGCCGUUUCUCUAGCUGAGGCUGGAUCUGUGACCAGUGGACCUGGAGUUUGACGGCAAUAGUUGUCAGUGGUGGGAGUUCUUGAACAGAUGAAGCUGGCAGUAGCUCUUCAGCUGAGCUGGCUGAGUCUUGAGCUAGGACAAGUGCACAUUAGAUUGCUUCCAGCUAGUUCAAAGUUUAAGGUAGUUAUGAUUCCCUCUCCUUGGACUCUAUUUCUCCAUAUAUAAAAUGUUAAAAAAAAAAAAAAGGAAAGACAGCAGAUUAUUUGAAUGAAUGAAAUGUCGGUGAGUUGGUUAUGGUA